ACAGUAAACUGCUAACGAGUUUGACGAUCAUCACAGGACCCACAGGCCAAUCCUGUCGUCGCCAUGUCUCUCCGUAAAACCCUAACCGCAUUAAGCCGAGCUUCGUCGCCACCAGAUUCCUCAAUCUCCGCCGUCAAUCUCGAAGCUGCAGAGCCCUCUCGUUCUUCAGAAAUCACUUUCCGACCCCGUAAAAUCCGGAAAGUUUCGUUAGAUGAUCUGAAUCCGUCGCCGCCGACGAUCACCGCGUCUCCACUAUCCUCGAAGUCGACAGUUGAUAUCGCGCUCGGCCACCUCCUAAUCUCCGACGAACUCCUCGGAGGAGUAAUCUCGGCUCACAACACUCCCCCCGUGUUCGAAUCAACCAGCACACCGUUCCUCUCCCUAGCGAGAUCCAUCCUCUACCAACAGCUCGCCACCAAAGCAGCCAAGUGCAUCUACGAUCGUUUCAUCUCUCUAUUCCCCGGCGGAGAAUCAGGUGUCCUCCCUGAGUCCCUCAUCUCAGUCUCCGCCGUUGAUCUUCGUAGGAUCGGCGUCUCCGGGAGAAAAGCGAGCUACCUCCACGACUUAGCCGGAAAAUACAAAAGCGGCGAGCUUUCCGAUGAGACGAUUCUCGAAAUGAGCGAUGGAGAGCUGAUCGACCGGUUAACUUCGGUUAAGGGAAUUGGAGUGUGGACGGUUCACAUGUUCAUGAUAUUCUCGCUUCACAGGCCUGAUGUGUUGCCUGUGGGGGAUCUCGGCGUGAGGAAAGGCGUGAAGGAUCUUUACGGUUUGAAAAACCUUCCUGGUCCGUUGCAGAUGGAGCAGCUUUGUGAGAAGUGGAGGCCUUACCGGUCCGUUGGUUCAUGCAUGAUUGGUUGUAAUUGAUCUUGGGGAUCAUUACAUAAUACAUACUCAAGACACACUUCUUCUUGGUCGGUCAGGACAGCUAAUCUCUCACCUUGUGAUGAAGAAGCUAUUCCACGCCCAUCAACCACUUGUUGUUGCAUCUUCGCUUCUCUUCCAAGCUUCACUUGCUGGAAAAUCUUGAGUUUCGUUUUCCUGUCUUUGCGCAAUUUAGAGCACGUGAGAGGAAAAUGCAUUUGUGCUUUUAACACACUGUGGUGGUUGUAACUUGUGUACUACUGUAGAAAUACAUUAUCAAAAUUAUCAAAACUAGUUUCAUU